CGACAAGCAACAUGUUCGGUCAACCAGCGAACCAUCAAAACCCCUCAUGGCCCUACGGCUCUCAACCACCAGCUCCCCAAGUCAGCAGCGUCGCUGGGGCGAGCGACAACCAAACUCUGCUGAUUCAAGCGCAAAUCAAAGCCAUUCAAGAAUCCAGCCAAGCCAAAAUUUCCCAAAACAACCUCCUGCACCAAGCGCAACUUAAAGCCAUCGAAGAAGAAAGCCGAGCCAAGAUCUCUCUACACAUACUUUUGGUCCAAGCUCAAGUUAAAGCCAUCGAAGAGGAAAGCAAGACUAAGAUCGAAAUCCUCCACUCAGAGCACGCUGCAGCAGAAAAGCGCGAGGAAAGCCUGCAUCGGGAUAAGGAAUUGGAUCUCCGCCUUACGGGAGAAGCAGAGCGUUCUGAAUUGUUGAAGACUACUGAGUGUGAGAGGCAGUUAUCGAAAGCUGAGAGCGUGGCAAGGAUUGAGAUGAUGGGUUGAGAGGGGGAUGAAGAGAAGUGAAGGGAGGUGGAGCUGCGAGAUUAUUGGUUUGGAUUCACGGCAGGGUUGAGGACUUGGAUACUUUGAUCGAGCAUGACGGUCAGAUAGAGUUGAGCAAAUCAAUUGAUA